AUGGCUCCCAACCACCAAAUUGCAAAGCGGAGACUGCAUGCUACAACCCAGCAUCUUGCUGCCACAAGCGCUGCUGUAGCCGACUAUCCUACAUCGCACGAACAGAUCAAAAAUGUCGUCAACACCCACAAUUUCAUUGAUAACAAGUUCGUCCCUUCACAAGCCACCACCUGGAUUGAUCUCCACGACCCAGCUACCAAUAAUCUCGUUACCCGGGUCCCUCAAUCUACCGAUGCUGAGCUCAAAGCUGCCACCGAAUCUGCUCAAAAGGCCUUCCCAGCAUGGAGGGCCACAAGCAUCAUGACCCGACAACAAAUCAUCUUCCGAUUGACCCAUCUGAUCCGUGAGAACAUGGAUCGAUUGGCAGCCUCAAUUACCCUGGAGCAAGGCAAAACAUUUGCUGAUGCAAAGGGUGACGUCCUCCGCGGUCUUCAAGUCUGUGAGACCGCUUGCGGUAUCACCACCCAACUAGUUGGCGAGGUCAUUGAAGUCGCAAAAGAUAUGGAGACACGUUCCUACCGCGAACCUCUUGGUGUCGUUGCAGCUAUUUGCCCUUUCAACUUCCCCGCUAUGAUUCCGCUCUGGAGUGUUCCCCUGGCUACCGUCACUGGCAACACUCUGAUCCUCAAGCCCAGUGAACGCGAUCCCGGUGCAGCUAUGAUUAUCGCAGAAUUGUGCCAGAAAGCAGGCUUCCCUGAUGGCGUUGUCAACAUUGUACACGGUGCUGCUAAAACUGUCGACUACAUCAUCGAUGAACCUCUCAUCAAAGCUAUCAGUUUUGUCGGCUCCAACCGUGCCGGCGAGUAUAUCUACACUCGUGGGUCCGCCAACGGUAAGCGAGUCCAGGCAAACCUUGGAGCUAAAAAUCAUGCCGCCGUGUUGCCUGACUGCAACAAGAAUCACGCCCUAAAUGCCAUCGCUGGUGCUGCUUUCGGUGCCGCCGGUCAGCGGUGUAUGGCUCUCAGCACCCUCGUAAUGGUUGGUGAGAGCAAGGAGUGGCUUCCUGAACUUGCAGAGCGUGCUAAGGGCCUCACCAUUAACGGAGGUUUUGAAGAAGGUGCUGAUCUUGGUCCUCUGAUCAGCCCACAGAGCAAGAAGCGAGUGGAGGAUUUGAUCAAGAGUGCCGAAGAUGAGGGUGCUACCAUCCUCCUUGACGGUAGAGGUCAAAAGCCACCCAAGUACCCCAAUGGAAACUGGGUCGGCCCAACCAUCAUCACCAACGUCAAGCCCCACAUGAAAUGCUACACAGAAGAGAUCUUCGGACCCGUAUUGGUCUGCCUAGAAGUCGACACCACCCAAGACGCCAUCGACCUGAUUAAUGCCAACCCCUAUGGCAACGGCGCCGCAGUCUUCACGCAAUCCGGCCCCACGGCAUCAUUAUUCCAAAAGGACCUUGAAGCCGGCCAGAUCGGUAUCAAUGUACCCAUCCCCGUCCCCUUGCCCAUGUUCAGCUUCACCGGCAACAAGGCCAGCGUCGCCGGAACCGGUGCCGCAAACUUCUAUGGCAAGGACGGCCUGAGAUUCUAUACACAGUGGAAGACCGUCACCAGCCUGUGGAGAGCCGAGGACGCAAUCGCCACUGAGAAACAAGUCGCCAUGCCUACUCACUCAUGA